GAUUUCUGUGCUGAUGAGCCCAGUGCGGAGAUCUAUUGGCUGCCGGCUUUGUAAAUUUCAUUCAGUUUGGUCCAAUAGCAGAGGGAGAGCUCUGAGACAGCAGGACCUGGUUUCUCAGUCUCCCUUUUCCCCUCAAACCCUGUCUUUCUCCCUGUCUCCAUCUCCGGGUACUGAGCUCCUAUGCAGUCUCCAGCUCUGUGCCUCCUGCCCCAAUUCUGAUUUUAUUUUUCUUCUUCCUUUUUCUUGCUGGCCACUGACUUUCCAGAGCAGAAACGAGGAAUUCCCUCCGGAUUUCGGUGUCAUCUGUGGUCCUCACAUUCCUUUGGAUAAGCAGACCUUGCUGGUGUGUGCACAUCCUCCUGAAUCAUACUCCUGGAAAAAUCUGGAGAAGUGAAGAGAACUCUCGCUGCCAAUGUAACCAUGGACCGCCAAGGUUGUUUCUUAACCAACUACCCCGGGGCAAGUUGGAAUGGCUGUGAAGAUCUCCAUGAAUCCCCAAGUCUGCAGCAGUAAAGAUGAAAUUACAUGGAGAAGCUUAUUUGAAACAUUAUCAUAGUGUGGAAUAGCUCUUUCUUAGCUUCCACUUCGAUUCCUCAAGAGGGAGCAAUGUGCUGAGAUGGAAAAAGUAACCAAGUAGCUAUCCCUGGAGUGGUUGGAAAAGGCGCUGUGUCCUCAGGACUACGGAAUGGGCGCUUUGGAGUUUUCAUAAGGAGUCCUGGACCGCAGGAGGUGUUGGAAGGUUGCCCCCGCGCUCCGGAGCACUGCAGUUGGAGGCAUCUGGUGGCAGGAUUGCAGAGGGAUCCUCUUGAGCCAUGGAUUGCCAUGAAAAGCACCACCCUGCUUCGUAACAUGCGGCUCUGUCUAUGAGCACUGAGAGAGGCCUUCUCCCCGUGUCCUUGGUUUCUGGGUGUUCUGCUCCCUUGACUUCACUCUGUUCCUAGCGCCUGGCCUGGCACCCGCCUUUGGCUUUGCUCCUCUGGAGCCCUCUCCCUUGGACACCUGCACAUGUGGAAGAGAACAAUGUCGAGGCCCAGGGGACUCUUAUGGCUCCCGUUGUUUUGCACCCCUGUCUGCGUGAUGGUCAGCUCCAAGGUUCUCCUGUGGGUAACAGCUCUCUCUGUCAAGUUCACGCUGACUGACAGCCAGGCACAGUACCCAGUUGUCAACACAAAUUAUGGCAAAAUCCGGGGGCUAAGAACACCACUGCCCAAUGAGAUCUUGGGUCCCGUGGAGCAAUACUUGGGGGUGCCCUAUGCCUCGCCUCCCACAGGAGAGAGACGGUUUCAGCCUCCUGAGCCUCCAUCCUCAUGGACUGGGGUUCGCAAUGCCACUCAGUUUGCAGGUGUGUGCCCCCAACAUCUGGACGAGAGGUCUCUGUUGCACGACAUGCUGCCCAUCUGGUUUACAGCCAAUUUGGAUACUUUGAUGACUUACGUACAAGAUCAAAACGAAGACUGCCUUUACUUGAACAUCUAUGUGCCCACUGAAGAUGGAGCCAACACAAAGAAAGUCGCAGAUGAUAUAACCACUAAUGAUCGAGGUGACGAUGAAGACAUCCAUGAUCAAAACAGUAAGAAGCCAGUGAUGGUCUAUAUCCAUGGUGGAUCCUACAUGGAAGGCACCGGAAACAUGAUAGAUGGGAGCAUCCUAUCAAGCUACGGGAAUGUCAUCGUCAUCACCAUUAACUACCGCCUGGGCAUACUGGGGUUUUUGAGCACCGGGGACCAGGCAGCGAAAGGUAACUAUGGACUCUUGGACCAGAUCCAAGCCUUGCGGUGGAUCGAGGAGAAUGUGGGAGCCUUUGGUGGUGACCCCAAAAGAGUGACCAUCUUCGGGUCAGGGGCCGGAGCCUCCUGCGUCAGCCUGCUGACAUUAUCGCACUAUUCGGAAGGUCUCUUCCAGAAGGCCAUCAUCCAGAGCGGUACGGCCCUGUCCAGCUGGGCAGUGAACUACCAGCCUGCCAAAUACACUCGGAUGUUGGCAGAUAAAGUGGGCUGCAACAUGCUAGACACCACGGACAUGGUGGAAUGCCUGCGGAACAAGAACUACAAAGAGCUCAUUCAGCAAACCAUCACCCCCGCCACCUACCACAUCGCCUUUGGGCCCGUGAUCGACGGGGACGUCAUCCCCGAUGACCCCCAGAUCCUCAUGGAGCAGGGCGAGUUUCUUAACUACGACAUCAUGCUGGGGGUCAACCAAGGAGAAGGGCUGAAGUUCGUGGACGGCAUGGUGGACAACGAGGACGGCGUGACCCCCAACGACUUCGACUUCUCCGUGUCCAACUUCGUGGACAACCUCUACGGCUACCCCGAGGGCAAAGACACCUUGAGGGAGACCAUCAAGUUCAUGUACACAGACUGGGCAGACAAGGAGAACCCAGAGACACGCCGGAAGACCCUGGUGGCCCUCUUCACCGACCAUCAGUGGGUGGCCCCCGCCGUGGCCACGGCCGACCUCCACGCCCAGUACGGCUCGCCCACCUAUUUCUACGCCUUCUACCACCACUGUCAGAGCGAAAUGAAGCCGAGUUGGGCAGACUCCGCCCACGGGGACGAGGUCCCCUACGUCUUUGGCAUCCCUAUGAUUGGUCCCACGGAGCUCUUCAGCUGUAACUUCUCCAAGAAUGACGUGAUGUUGAGCGCCGUGGUCAUGACCUACUGGACCAACUUUGCCAAGACUGGGGAUCCCAACCAGCCCGUUCCCCAAGACACCAAGUUCAUCCACACCAAACCCAACCGCUUCGAGGAGGUGGCCUGGUCUAAGUACAAUCCCAAGGACCAGUUGUACCUGCACAUCGGUCUGAAACCCAGAGUGCGUGAUCAUUACCGGGCCACCAAAGUGGCUUUCUGGCUCGAGCUGGUCCCCCACCUGCACAACCUGAACGAGAUAUUCCAGUACGUCUCCACCACCACGAAGGUGCCCCCGCCAGACAUGACAUCUUUUCCUUACGGCACUCGCCGUUCUCCGGCCAAGAUCUGGCCCACCACCAAGCGCCCGGCCAUCACCCCGGCCAACAACCCGAAGCAGGCCAAGGAGCCUCACAAGCCGGGGCCCGAGGACACCACUGUGCUCAUCGAAACCAAGAGGGAUUACUCCACCGAGCUGAGCGUCACCAUCGCCGUGGGGGCCUCCCUGCUGUUCCUCAACAUCUUGGCCUUCGCGGCCCUAUACUACAAGAAGGACAAGAGGCGGCACGAGACGCACAGACGGCCCAGCCCUCAGAGGAACACCACCAAUGACAUCGCCCACAUCCAGAACGAAGAGAUCAUGUCCCUGCAGAUGAAGCAGCUGGAGCACGACCAUGAGUGCGAGUCCCUGCAGGCCCACGACACCCUGCGGCUCGCCUGUCCCCCGGACUACACGCUCACGCUGCGCCGGUCUCCGGAUGACAUCCCGCUCAUGACCCCCAACACCAUCACCAUGAUCCCCAACACACUGACGGGCAUGCAGCCGUUGCACACGUUCAACACCUUCAGCGGGGGACAAAACAGUACAAAUUUACCGCACGGACACUCCACCACGAGGGUAUAGUUUUGCGGUACCCUUCAGGUCCCUGCAUCCUUCCCUCCACCUGCGCUGCCCCCUCCCGUCCGUCCGUCCUCCCUUCUGCAGACACGAGGAGGCGCAGAAAGACACAUCUGCACCUCCAUCAGGAGAGCUUUUCCUGCUCAGCACCUCACCGACAGAGGAUGACAACUCCAGCCACAGGGACGGUCGGUCAUCCGGACCCCCAGACCCUUGACCUAGACAUUUCUCUGACCUGGGGGUUCCACUUCGCACCCUACGAAAUGUGAAAAGCCGACAUUUCUCUGACAGCACUGCUUUAAGGUUUCUCACCCCUCCCCCAAGACCUCUCCCCUCGACAGAACAUCCCCGUCCAAGGAUUCAGAUCUUUCUGGCGUUAACGAUGAGCAGUUCACACUUCUGGAACCCAGCCAGGGACAUCUGAUUUUUUUUUUUAAUUUAACAAAAAUUACAAUUGAAAAAAAAUAAGUUCUUUACGUGGCAUACCAUGGGUGGCUCAAAACAAGCAAAGAGAGUGUCUAUGUGUUCUUUUUUUCACACAGCAUACAUCAAGAGUUGUAAUCCAGAGAGAAGGAAAAAAAAGUAGAAUUUUAUUAUUAAAAUAAAAGACUUGACUAUGCUGGAAAAAAAAAAUCCUAUCAGAUUCUGUGCAAAGAGGUGUUUUGCCAGCCUGAACGAUAUUUAAGAAAUCUUGUAAAAAUAAAAAAAAAGAAAUUGUAUAUAGUUGUGAGUUUAAACAACACACACACACACACACACACACACGGAGGGGGAACAAAAGAAAAAAAAAGCUUUCAUUGAUGUUUUCAGUUUGGAAGAGCUUUUAGCAAGGUUGUGAUUUUUCAUUGUGUUCUGAAUGUAUAUAAAUAUAAAUAUAUAUAUAUAUACAUUAGUCAAACCACCUCUGUUUCCUCCCCAGCAAAAACAAGCAAACCCACAAAAAACAACACUCUGGUUCUUCAUGCUUUGUGGUUAAAGAAAAAAAAGAAGGGAUUUUUCGAGUUCUUUUCAUUUGUGAGACGACGUGGCAUCAGAAGGGAAAAACCCAGGCUGCCCUCCCGUCUGUCCGUCCAUCCAGCUUGCCUGUGUCUCCUUUCCCAGGUGUGCAAAACGCACAAGACAGAAGCCUUCUUAGGGAGACUGUUGUGUUUAUUAUCCCCCUCCCCAAAACUUAUUUUCUGGUGUGGUCAGCCUUCCUGAGAUCACCAUGCAAAAUUGGUUCCCCUGAGUUGAGUGUUCAUUAACGCAUGUCAAAUUCAGGGACACAUGCGGGCAGCCAGCAAGGAGACAGAGAAAAACCCCAAACACAGCGUGAUACAAGUCUCAUUCUGUAAUCCUGGCCUUUUGCAUAUAUUUAGGAAGAGUUCCUUCCCAUCCUAGGAUGUUGCCAAAAGGGAAAGAAAGCUUGUCUUUAGAGGGCUUGUGCCUCUUGUGGUCAAUACGGCUUUGUGUCCUACUACAGCUGCAGAGGCUGAGGGUUUGGGGUUACCUGCUUAGCGUGAAUAAUCAGCUCAGAGGGAGGAGAUGUGCUUUUCAUGGAAGCAGUGCAACCCUUCUGUAUAAGCCAGCCCACCCCUAACCUCCCUAUCAUUUAUGGGAUAAAACAUAUGCUUGUGUGAAAAUAAUCGUUUUUUGCCGAUUUGGGUAGCAAUCACCAUGGAUGAACAACCUGGAAAAAAAGGAAAAAAAAUUUCCCCAAACAAGACACGGUAUCAGGAGUUCUUUGCACUGGUUCCCUGGAUAAUUCAGAGAGCUACACUGUCAAGGAAAUCAAUAGAAAUUAUUCACCCGCUUUGAAUUAGCAAUCCUCAGAUUUCUACCGUGUAAUGACUCAUUGUUUUUUAUUUCUAUUAUCAUUUUUCCUCUAAGGGGUGUGUUGGGGGUUAUAAGGUGGAACAAAACAGGAGAGUCAGUUUUCUUUUUGUCCUUUGAAUAUGACUGCAUUACCAAGUAACAGUAGCCAAAGAUGUUCGAACAUAGCGUCAGAACUAGUUUGCAUUUUAAGUGUUGUAGAAAUCCAGACUUAGAUGCUGUGGUCCAGGUAGGUAUUCUGCAUAAAUGUGGUACAGCUGCUUCCAUUUCCCCAAGAUAACAGCUUUUCAAUACUGAAAUUUCCUGCCCUAAAAAGGUAGCGGUAGCUAAAAGUGUGUGACCUCUAGCCCCACCCCCGCAAAAAAAAAAAAAAAAAAUUAAAAAGACUUCUUAGAAAUGCAAAAAAAAAAAAAAUCACUCAAUCAAUCCUGUUGCCUAUGUGGGUUUCAUCUCAAGAGUUCUUCUCUGUAUAUAUAAACAUGUGACAUGUAACGCCCCCGACUUAGGACGCGUGAAGAAUCAAGAGUCCUUCCUUGACGACGCGAUGUCACGGAUCUAAAGUGUUGUCUCCAAUUCAUCAUUUUCUUCUAAAGCGAUUUUCCAAGCCAUUUCCUGCAAGCUAUGUUUCGUCCUCGGAAGCUGAGAACAGACAGGAGACACACGAAGGGACUGGAUAAUUGUCCCAUCGCCGCUGGUUCUGUAUAUUUGUAACGUGAAUUCCAGUGUGGGUUUCGUCUUCUGCUAGCAAUAUGUACCCUCAUGCGUCCGUCAGCCUCGUGACAUUUCAAUGAGGACACGGAGUUCAUGUUUAGUGAAUAAUUUUAGCUUUUACAGAGGAUUAUGAUCAAAAGCAAUUUAAUACAUCGUAAAGGAUAUCUUAUUUCUACAAGGAAAGAGGUUAUAGAAUCUUCAUAGAGUUCUAUGAGAAAAAAAUACACUUGCUAUCUAUAAAAAA